CCAAAAAAAUUCAUCAGUGAUCGAUGCUACAAGCGGUUUUCAGUUAUAUAUCGUGUAAUUGAGAAGUACGUACACCCGUUAUCAAGAACAGCCGCAAAAGCGUCUCUAAUUAUACAACAWAAUGUACUGGAGGUUUCAAGUUAAAGAAAUAUAAAGUCGUAUAUAAUAAGUUUCAGAGGUUUCAUUUACCACUGCGGGUUAGGGUCACAGCAGGACUCCAGCAACAGGACAAGGACCGGAACCUAACACAACAGUUCAAUAUUAAAGGACKACGGCGAAAUUUGUSUAURAUAACUGAUUGAUAGAUUGAAAGUAUAUACGAUAAUGAAGCGAUUGAAGUUGAUCUACGGCCUGGUCCUCCUGUGUCUGAUSAGCCAUGCUACAAGUAAACAAGGUAAUCUAGGCUGUCCCAAUGAUGACAAAUGCUUAUAUUUUACCAAUGGAAAGUCUAUCAAAGGCGUUGACAUCAACAUCAAGCAUGGCCAACAAGCACAGACUUACCCCGUGAUGGAUCAAGCGACUGGUUCAUUCGCUAUUGACAUUGAUACGAAUUCAAAAACAAUCUUUUGGAGUGAGCAAAGUCCAAAUUGGAAAAUUCGUUCACUAAAUUUGAAGACUGGAGAAGCUAAAGAUGUGGUCACUGAAGAUGUUGGUGAAGUGGAAGGCAUUGCUGUUGAUGCCGUGCACCAGAACAUCUACUGGACAAGCUUUACGUAUGAAAAGAUUGAAGUAGCUACAUUCAGUGGGACUAACCGCAAAACGUUGUUUAACAAAAGCAGUACCUUCGGAGCGCUUAAUGCGAGGAUACUGUACAAUCCCAAAGCAAUCGUUGUACAUCCUAUCAAAGGGUAUAUAUUCUGGGUUGAUUAUUACCUUACAUACUUCUUUGGUUAUUGGUUACCCUUCCAAGAGGUCGCCCGUUCUACCUUAGCAGGCACGGAAUACAAACCAGCAAGACUUAUUCUUGGUUAUGUCAAUCAUAAGUACUACCCUAUGGCUCUUACACUUGAUGUUACCCAGGACCGUCUAUAUGCGUUUGACAGCGUAAACGGAGAACUCGAAUCUUUGGACCUGAACGGCAAUGUUAUAAAACUACACCACAAGUCUGGUCAUUCUCCACUUCCCUCUGAAAUGCUUAAAAUGGAUGAUAUUGUUUAUUGGGCUGACCGAAAAAGCCGUACAAUUGAACGUUUGCAAAUUACACAGAAAGGAGACUGGAGGCGAAUGUCAUCUUUUGGACAGCUUACUACUGAUCAUGACCCCCUUCUUGGAAUWACCGGUUAUAAUAAAACCGGUUUAACAGGAAGUACAACUUGCACAACAAACAAUGGCAACUGCAGUCACCUUUGCCUCGUUACUCCAACCAGAAGARUAUGCGCAUGCCCAAAUGGGUAUGAUCUGCUGGMCGAUAAWCAAASGUGCAGUGACGGUAAGAAAUAUAUACCAACUCAGGGAAAUUUAUUUUGUUGUAAAUCUGAUACAACCACUANCAAUGUAUCCGUUGCUACUCCACCAGACAUUGAGGUUCGUCUAGUAGGGGGACGAUGGGAGAGUGAAGGACGAGUCGAGAUAAAGUACAUUAACAAAUGGGGGACUGUUUGUGAUGACAAUUUUGACAUUACAGAGGCUAAUGUGAUUUGUCGAAUGUUGAACUAUUCAAGAGCAUUAGCAGUAGAUUACCGUGUCCCUGGUGGACCGCAAAAUAUGUCAAUCUUGUUGGAUGAAGUGAAAUGCCGUGGCGAUGAGAAAUCAAUCGCAUAUUGCAAUCAUGAUGGAUGGGGUGACAAUUUUCAUGAUUGCACUCACAUAGAGGACGUUGGCGUCAAAUGUUAUAACGGGUCGGACGGAGAACAAAUGAGUCAUUAUUAUAAUGCAACUGAUAUCAGAAUUAGAUUGAAGAAAGGACAAUAUGACUUUGAAGGAGUUGUCGAGGCGUACACACAAGGAAUCUGGGGAUCAAUUUGCACAAACUCCGACUGGACCCUCAAAGAGGCUAACGUGAUAUGUAGAAUGCUAGGUUAUCCGGGCGCUUCGGACGCACAGACAAAUGCUUUUUAUGGAAUAGCGACAGUCCCAAAGAUAUGGACCAGCAAUGUGCGUUGCAAUGGUAACGAACCAUCAAUCGGUUUAUGCAGCUCAACUGGGUGGGGAAAAACACCAACAUGCUCUCAUUCGCAAGAUGUAUCGGUCAAGUGUCUAUCAAAUGACACAGGUUGUAAAAAAGAUGUUGAACUUCGCGGUGGAUACGCUGACAAUGAAGGCUUCGUUCAGAUCAAACAAGACGGCGUGUGUAAACAUUUCUGUUCCUAUGGCUGGAGCAUGACAUCUGCUAACAUCACAUGCCGACAGCUUGGGUUCCCGCUUGGUGCAUUGAGAAUMUUUGGGGAUAACACGUUUGGAACUGGUUAUGGAUCCAGUGCUAACUUGGGAAUAACGUGUACUGGAAAUGAAACAAGUUUACUGGAUUGUACGGCAUCWCCUGGAACAUCAAGAUAUUGCUACCCUGCAGGGGUUGUUUGUAUGACCAACGACACUAAUAACAUUAAUUCAGAUCUUUCAGCGUUCUUGGUUGUGGCAGAUCAAAAACGAGGUUUGAAAUAUCAAGUAGAAUUCAAUGAUGACGCCAAGAAGCACAAAUCCUAUAAGUUCAUUAUCAGCGAGAUCAAAAAUCCAAACCAUAUGGCGUUCAAUCCCAUUACAAAACUCUUGUACAUUUCCCAAGGGCAUCAAAUAUAUGAGGCUGACAUCUUUAAGCGCACUGCGAAAGUGGUGGUGACACAARUAGGUAAUAUCCACGACUUACAGGUUGAUCACGUGUGCGGAAAGCUCUACUGGGCAAUGCAUUAUCAUGACAAGAUCAUGGUCUCACACUUGGAUGGAAGUCACGAGACUGAGCUGAUACAGACCGAGUACAUAAUGGCCAUGACGAUUGACAUUGAAAGCGGGUUCAUGUACUACAUCGCUGACUACUACUCGAGACUUUACAGUGCAUACAUGGAUGGCAGUAACAAAAAACUGAUUAUACCWCUAUCGAGCAACGCUGAGCCAUACUCUCUUAUUCUGGACCGUAUUAACAACGUUACCUACUGGGUCGAUGAUACUGAUAACAGAAUCAACUACUUGAACCUUUCUUCAGUCAAGUCUGGCAUUCAAAAGGUGCGAUCUUCAGUGCACAUUAAUAAACCCUUUGAGCUUGCAAUAUUUCGAAAUUACUUGUACUGGACGGACAACGAUCCUGGUGCAGCCGGUGGUCUGUAUCGUCUGUACCUGUCCGGCGAGAAACGACAUACAACAGAACUGGUACAAAGCGGCUACUUGGAGCCGAACGGAAUUGCUGCAUUAGAUGAUAAUGUAGCGAAAGAGAACCUGGCUUGUAAGAACUGCAAAUGCGAGCUUUGUUUACGGAUCCCAACAGGACAUAGGUGUAACUGUUCGAGCAUCAAGAUCUUMAACGAAACCUCGGGACAAUGUUAUUUCCCCGAUUUCCUUGCCACUCCGGACUACAUGACCGAAAGCGUAAUGAUGAUCCCAGAGGACGAAAGCUUGAGACAUAGAAAGCACCUUAUGCCCAUUGAUMAGAGUUAUCUUCCCGUAGCAAUCGAGUGUGAUCCAAUGGAGGGUCUUAUAUAUUAUGCUGACGCUUACAGAUCGAUAAUCGCUCGUAUCUUUUACAAUGGUUCUUCGGAAGAAGUAAUAUUAAAUGCAACGGAUGAUGUUAAGUAUCCGAGAGGAUUAGCCAUCGAUCAAGUAGGAAGAAACCUAUAUUUCACAGACACAGAUAAAAACACCAUUAGAGUGUGUAAACUAGACGGGUCUUCAGUCAAGACGCUCGUCAAGGCGGGACCUGCGGAGCCAUGGUCAAUCGCGCUCGAUGUUAAUUCGGGGUAUAUGUACUGGGGAUCCCGGGAACUCAAAGGUUUCUACUACUAUGUUGGUGUACACCGCACAACCAUGGACGGCAAUGAUAAUAAAGUGUUGAUUCAGUGGAUUGCAUCGUAUGGUUACGCACCAAGCCAAAUGACCAUAUACAACAAACGAUUAUACUGGGUUGGAUAUCAUGACAAUCAAAUUGAAUAUAUAAACCUCAAUGAAGACUCGGUAGUCCGAAGAAAGAUUUCUAAGUACAGAUCCUACCUGUACUUUGCUGAAGGAAUAGCCGUAACCAAUUCUAGCGUAUAUUGGACGGAUUGGUGGGAAAGCAGCAUGUUUUCUGGGAAUCAUGACGGCACUGCUACAGCAAAGCGUAUCUUAAAGAAMGUUUUUGGUAUAGGCGGUUUGAAGUAUUGCAAAGGAAGGCCUACUCCUCAAGAAAGACAUCCAUGUGACAGUUGCAGCCAUCUCUGCCUGAGUAAUCCAAAUGGACGCAUCUGCGCAUGUCCAGACAAAACUCCAUCGGGUGGCAGCUGCAAAAGUUAUCCUUUCUAUACAACGACAGCACCUCCUACAACAACAUCACCUCCUACAACAAAACCACCUCCCACAACAACAGCACCUCCCACAACAACAUCACCUCCUACAACAACAUCACCUCCCAGAACAACACCACCUCCCACAACAACAUCACCUCCCAGAACAACACCACCUCCCAGAACAACAACACCUCCCAGAACAACACCACCUCCCAGAACAACACCACCUCCUACAACAGCCCCUACGAGGGCAACUACUACGAAGCCAACAGUGCCACCGACUGAAUUCACGGGAACCUGCACCCCCAAUCCAUGUGAAAAUGGUGGUACCUGCGAGCCUAGUGAGGAUGGUCAGAGUUACAAGUGUUACUGUCCGGCGUUGUAUUAUCCUCCUCAGAGCUGCAGCACAUUCGUCGGCGAAGGUGUAGUAGCAGUGGUUAUUUUGGGCAUUAUCCCGGCAGAUGAGAUUUAUUUGGUUGAGGUCUACAUCGUAGAAGCUGUGUUUGGGGAAGAWCAGCCAUUCCGCCAUGGCAAUAGAUACCCAACGCUACACAACCAGGAAAGCAUAAGGCGACCUCACGGCGAUGUUGGAACGUUUUCCAAUCCUGGGUUCGAAGUGAAUCCCGCCUCUUUCGAAUCGCCAAUGAAGARGGGAGGUGACAUUGCUAUGCAAACAACUAGUACCAAAUACGACGCCAGUGACGCAACACCCAUGGAAAACCCSCUAUAUGGGAAUGACUUGGACGCUAAAGGAAUCACAUUUACAGAGAAGGAGCCAAUGCCGGAAAACCCCUACGUCGACGUCUUCCCAGCCUCCAAUAUAUCAAGCCAAGAUUCUUAUCCACAGAGUCAAUAUGACAAUAUUGGUCCCAGGCAUGUAUACGACGUACCUACGGCGAGAGGUGAGCCGGAAUACGAGAAUCCAGCGGACAUUCUCCCUGGGGGUAAGCAGGAGUGGGAACAGUUUGAUGAUAUUUCUGAGACUGGCGGCGAGACGAUUGGCCAAGGAGGGACAUURACCUUACAACCGGACAACGACGCCAGCAAAUGCUGA